CGUCAGUUUUUGUGCCGGGCAAAAUACUACUGCUGAGCUGGAAGCACAAUUAAAUUUAAUUGUAAACACAAACAAUUCUUAAUUUUUUUUAAACAAGUUUUUCGCUUCAUAAAAAAUAAUUUCCUCGUAUUGUAAUUGCCAAUUGUAAAUGUGUUUUCCCCUAGAAACUGGCAAGGACUUUGAAUGUUGAAUUCUAUCAAAUACCGAUUACAGAAUAAUAGUUUGUAAUACGUUGACAAAUUCCAAUUUGUGACAAAAUGUCAGCAUAUACACAAGGACCUGGCCUCGUUAAUCACAAAGUUAAGGUUGCCGUGAGGCUGAGACCGUUCAUUGAGAGGGAAAAGCAAGAAGGAGCUAAAAACAACUGGGUGGUAGAGCCAACUGAAAUAAUCCAUGUGGACCCCGAGACCCAACUUCCAAAGCCGCAUAAUAACAAACAGUUUGUCUUUGAUAACGUGUUUGGACCUGAAGUGACAACGAGAACGGUUUAUGAUGAUAUUGUUGCGCCCAUUGUGAACGAGGCUUUUAACGGUUUCAACGGUACUGUGCUAUGUUAUGGUCAAACUUCGUCUGGGAAAACUCACACUCUAUAUGGCACCGAAGCAGAUCCAGGAAUUAUAUCAUUUUUGGCUGAUGACAUUCAAAAACGAAUUGAGAAUGUACCAGGAGGAAAAGUUGUGAUUAGACUUAAUCUUAUUGAAAUUUACAACGAGAACGUCAAAGAUCUCCUAUGUUCAGAAAAUCCUAUCGAGCUUGUCGAAAGAGAUGGAACUGUCGUCCCACUCAAAGCUGAACAUAUUGACAUCUUCAGUGGUAGCGAUAUCAUCCAGGCGGCGAAACGACUACAAAGAGAACGAAGACUUGGCGAAACCCGGAUGAAUUCUCAGAGUUCGCGAUCUCAUACGAUCCUCAGAAUGACCAUAAACACUUUUGAUGAAGAUGAAUUCAAUGCUAUGGAUAAUGCCAAUCAAAGCGCAACGAGUCAGGAUGAAUUUGAAACGACCACACUUCCUGGCAAAAGGAUCAUUUCAGCAGUUCUCAAUUUUGUGGACCUUGCUGGGUCCGAGAAGGCGUCGCAAACCGGGGCUUCUGGGGAUAGACUUCGGGAGGCUGGCCAUAUCAAUACGUCAUUGUCUGCCUUAUCGAAAGUUGUCAGCCAGUUAAGCAAGCAGUAUGAAAGUGGUAGCAAGAAAGAGAGCAGUUCUAUCGCAUCAUCAAUGUGCAAUAGCAUCGAACCUCGGGCACCAAGGUCGAGAUUUCCUGCUGGAAUGUUUGUCAGCUACCGCGACAGUAAACUGACCAGACUUCUUCAGAGCUCUCUGGCUGGAGAUGCUUUAAUUGCCAUUAUCACCAAUGCUACGCCAGCUUCUUCAGAAGAGACUCUUUCUACAUUACGAUUCGCCUUGAGUGCAAAAGAGAUUCAAACUAAACCCAAGAGAAAUCUCAUUACUAACAAAUUGGACAAAUUGCAGUAUGAAAAUACAAUUAAGGAACUUCAAGCCGAAUUAUUUGGUAAAAAUGAAGAGCUCAGGUUAUUAAGAAUGGCCUUGUCAAAGAAGAAUGCUACUAAAAAUGAGGAAUUUGAACAACCCCCAGAGCGUCGAAAUACAUUCCAUUUUCGUACCGGGACAGGAAAAGAUUGGAAAAGUUUAUCAAUGAUUGAAGAAAAUGAAAUUCAACAACGGCACUCCAAUGCUCCCAUCACUGCUGACGAUGCGCUUAGAGAAUUUCGUGAACUAUCCAUGAUUUCGUCAGUCUCUGAAGUACCUCCUCCUCCUGCCGAAACCGAGGAACAGACCAACGAACAGACCAACGUAAUAAUUGAAGACGAUGUCAUCCCGUCUAAAAGACGCAAAUUGGAUACUGAUGAUACUUCCACCCCAAUUUCUACAUUAAGACUUCAACGAUCUCUGAUGAAUAUAGCUCACAGUGCAGAUAUAAAAGACUGGAGUGAAGAAAAAGAAUUUCUAGUAGCGGAAAUGGAACUUAUUAAAACCGAAAACCAACAGCUACGAAAUGAGCUUGACGUUUUUAAGAAAUCAAUCCCUACCGAAAACAAGAAUGAGGAUAUUAGUCUUCCUACCAAUAAAGUGGAUCCAGAGACUGCAAGUAGCAGCGAAGAAAACGAUUCUCUGCAACUCAAAAUUUCGGAAUUACAAAACGAAGUUAAAACAAUGGGGGAUCGCCUUAAUGAGAAGGAAGCAGAACUGAAGUUACGAGAAGAAGACGUAUCCUGUCUACGGAAACAGCAUAGUGAAAUUAUUUUAGAAAAAUCUGCCGGUGAAAGUGAAAUCCUUUCUCUUCAUAGCUGUAAAUUAAACCUGGAGAAGCAAUUGCAUCAAUUGCAAUCGGAUUAUGAAAUUAAAUCCAGGGAAUACGAAAAUCUUAAAGGACAGAAUGAAACAGACGAAUUCCAACAGCUAAAGGUUCAAAUCGACAGUAAGAAUCAGCUUAUUUCCGAAUUGCAACAAGACAAUGAGGCUUUUAGAAAUAAGCUUACAAAGAAAGAAGAGGAAGAAGAGCAGCUUAGAAAGGAUAUGGAUACCGUAAAUUGUCAAUCGAGCAAACGUAUAUCUGCUUUAAGAAAUGAAAUUACCGACCAUGAACAAUCAAUGGCCUCUCUUCGCAGCACCAAAGAAAACCUUGAACAACAACUUUUGCAAGCACAAACCCAAUUAGAACAACAGUCCAGGGAAAUGGAAACAUUAAAGUUAAAGUCUGAGGUCACAUCUGUCAACAAUAAUAGUGAAGAAGAAAUCAAUUUUCUCAAAAUUUCAAAUUCCACAUUAAAAGAUGAAGUUAAUCGAAUUACAAAUCAACUUUGUGAGAAGGAAGCUGAACUAAACGCCCAGAGUGAAAAUAUUUCCUCUCUUCAACAUUCUCUCCAAGAAAUUGAUUCUCUGCAAUCUAAAAUUUCAGAACUGCAAAAUGAAGUAAUGACAAUGACGGAUCAGCUUUGCGAGAAGGAAGCAGAAUUAAAGUUACGAGAGGAAGAUGUAUCAACCCUUCGGAAACAGCAUAGUGAAAUUGUUUUAGAAAAAUCUGCCGGUGAGAGUGAAUUUGAGUCUCUACAAAAUUUCAAAGUAGAUCUGGAGCUGCAAUUGCAUCAAAUGAAAUUGGAUUAUGAAAUUCAAUCCAGUGAAUACGAAAAUCUCAAGGUGAAGGAACAGAAUCACUUAGACGAAUACCAACAGCUAUUGACUCAAAUCGACAGUAAAACUGAACUUAUUUCUGAAUUGCAACAAGAUAAUGAAACUUUUAGAAACAAACUUACUGAGAAAGAAGAGGAGGAAGAGCAGCUUAGAAAGGAUAUGGAUACUGCUAAUUGCCAAAUGAGAGAAGGUCUGACUGCUUUAAGAAGCGAAAUUACUGACCAUGAAAAAUCAAUUGUUUCUCUUCGCGACACGAGAGACAGACUUGAACGUCAACUUGUGGAAGCACAAACCCAAGUUGAAGCCAAAACCCAGGAGAUUGAAACAUUAAAAUCAGACUUACAGCUAGUGUUAUCUGAGGCCACAUCAGGUGACAAUAACAGUGAAGAAAUCGAAUCUUUAAAAAUUUCUAAUUCUGAAUUACGUGAUGACAUUGAUCGAAUUACGAAGCAACUUUAUGAGAAGGAAACCGCGCUGAGAUUACAAGAAGAGGACUUAUCAAGCCUCCGGAAACAACAUAGUGAAAUUGUUUUACAAAAAUCUGCCGAUGAAAGUGAAAUUGAGUCUUUACAAUUCUGCAAAGUAAAUCUAGAGAAGCAGUUGUACCAAGUGCAAUCGGAUUAUGAAACUCAAUCCAGUGAAUACGAAACCCUCAAGGUGAAAGAACAGAGUCAAUUAAAUGAAUAUCAACAGCUAUUAACUCAAAUCGACUCCAAGAACCAACUCAUUUCCGAAUUGCAACAAGAUAAUGAGACUUUUAAAACUAAACUUAUUGACGAAGAACAACUCAAAAAGGAUAUAGAUACCGCAAGUUGCCAAAUGAGGGAAGAUUUGACUGCUUUAAGAAAUGAAAUUACUGACAAUGAACAAUCAAUCACUUCUCUUCAAAACAGUAACGAAAAACUUGAACAGCAACUGGCAGAAUCGCAAACCCAAUUUGAAAGUCAAUCACAGGAAAUUGAGACACUAAAAGUAGAAUUGCAACGAGCGUUGUCCGACGCCAGAUCAGUCGACAAUAACAGCCAAGAAGAAAUUAAAUCUUUAAGAAUUUCAAAUUCCGAAUUAAGUGAUGAAAUUAAUCGAAUUACGAAGCAACUUAAUGAGAAAGAAGUCGAAAUAAAAGCACAGAGUGAAAAUGUAUCUUCUCUUCAGCAUUCUCUCACGGAAAUUAAUUCUCUGCAAUCUAAGAUUUCCGAACUGCAAGCUGCAGUUAAGACAACGACGGAUCGUCUUUAUGAGAAGGAAGAAGAACUAAAGUUGCGAGAAAAUGACGUAUCCUCUCUCCGGAAGCAACAUAGCGAAAUUGUUUUAGAAAAAUCUGCCAGCGAAAGUGCACUCCAGUCUCUACAAAGCUGCAAAUCCAAUCUUGAAAAGCAGUUGCACCAAAUGCAAUCGGAUUAUGAAAUUCAAUCCAGUGAAUAUGCAAAUCUGAAGGAACAGCUUCAACAAGAAGUGCAAUCGCAGGAUGCAGAACUCAAAGUGCUUCGAGCGAAAGUGAAUUCAAGUGAGCAAACUGUUAAUAUUAAAUAUUCCGAAAAGCUUAAGCAGGACCUCAAAGCAAGUUGGAAAGACAAUAAAGAUCUUGAGGAUAAAAUCUCCGAGCUGAGGCAGUUGCUACAGGGGAAAGAAGAAGAGCUUUCACAACAAAUUCGCAAAGUGCAGGACUUAAAUCUCGAUGAUAUGAAACCACGCGCAGAGUUUGAUAGAAUUAGUAAGGAAAUGGAAUCUCGUAAAAUGGAGUUGGAAACAAUGACAAAAGCUAAAGUUGAGAUUGAAGACCAAUUGGCUUUGUCGAAAACUAAAAUCCAUGGGUUGGAGCAACAAUUGGAGAAGGUCGCCAAUAAGCGGAAGCCUGCCAUAACCAGUAGAGGCAUUCAAACACCUGAUGAUUGGGAUCCAUCAGUGAAAGUGAAAGAACUGGCUCAACUGAAAAUGACAAUUAAAGUGAUUAAUCGAGAGUUGGAACAAUCCAAAAAACAGCUUGCUUCUGCUGAAUCAGAAAAGAAAUCUGCACUGGUAAAAUUGGAAAAAACGAUUGGUGAAAAAGAGGCGAGAAUUAACUCUCUAGAGGAUCACAUUAAGGGAAUCAUAAAAGAUAAAGACGCUGCCAAACUUAGACAGAUGGAUCAAGGAAUUCAGUGCGAGUACAUUACUGAACUAGUUGAACGGUCUCGCAAAGGGGAAAAUGUCAAAUUGCCACCAGAGUUCCCUAAUGUUGCAAAAUUGAAUACAGAAGUUAAAAACUUGAAGAAUAGGGUGUUUAACUUGGAAAGUUUGCUAACCUGGUGCAAGUGUGAAGCUAAUGCUGAAAAAAAGAAGCGGCUUCUGUCCCAAAAAGGUGACAUGUCAGGAUCGAUUCCGGGCAAGUCCCCCGCGACCACGUCAAAAGCAAUUCAGAACAAGCCAGUUGAAAACACCCCGUUGUUUGCUCCUCCUCGCUCAGUUUAUACCCGAGGUUCUGCAAAGGUAGUGGGAGUACCAAACUUACCACCUACUAAAGUAAUGAUGGUGGAAGAUACAAUUCCCGUAAUAAGACGGUCGUCACGAAUUUCCAAGACAGAACCAAACUUCACCUCGCCCACUGAGUCCCCAGUUUCACCCACUCGUCCUGUUUCUGUACUCACUCCACUUGUUUCUUCUUGUUCACCCCCCGCCCCCAAGAAGAAGCGUUCUUCCGAUGAUCAACAAAUAAGUCCGCCAACUGUCGUGACCCGCAGCCAAGCUAAUAAGUUAACUCCACCACCAAUCCCGUCUUCCUCGUCCCCCAAGGCUCAAGGAAAUAAAAUAAAACCAAAACCAGCAAUGCCAUCAUCCAUAACUACCAGAUCAUUGCGUUCAGCUCCAAAGUCAAGCAUCAUCGUUAAAGGGGACGAAGAAUUUCAACAAAGGUCGGCAGAUUUUAUGCAAUGGUUACAGGAUAACAGCCAAUAAUAUCGUUUCAGCUCGGCUCAGACAGGAUUGAUUUAUUUAUUUUGUAAUAUAUUUGCAGUCAGACAGUUAU